UUUCAUUACGCAGCAAGGGAGGGCACAUUCACGUUCGUCUCGAAAUAAACUUCAAGUUCAAGUUAAUUUUGUAUUUUGUUUUACUCCAGUAGAUUGUAUAAAUAAAGCCUAACUGUUUUACUACAUACUAUCAGGAUCGAGCAAGAAACAUCAUGGUGACUCUUUCGAAAGAAUAUGGAUAUGUUGUGCUCACAGGUUGCGCUUCCUUCGUACUCGUGAAGUACCUGUCCCACAAGGUGUGUAAGGCUCGCAAACAGUACAAUGUAGAGUAUCCAAAGAAGCACAGCGACGACUCGGAUAUCUUCAACCGUAUACAGAAGAAUCAUCAACACACUAAUGAGACAAUUGCUCCAUUCCUUUAUCUUUUGUCCAUUGGAGGACUUCAACAUCCGCGCCUGGCCAGUACUUUGGGAAUGUUUUGGAUUGGUAGCAGGGUGGUCUCUGCACAUGCAUGUUGUAUUGAAGAUGCUGCUACACAGCAGAAGGGGAAACUUGGGGAGGUGGCCCUCUUUGGGCUGUUCCUUUGCUCACUGGACACUGGGAAGGUUAUAUUAGGCUGGAAAAGACCUUGCUUUCCUCAACGUUUUCUUGUGCAGGUUUAAAAAGAGAACUGUCAGAUUUUUACCUUGUUCUAUAUGUCACUUGUGUUACGCUGUUAAUGUAAUGUUUUUGGCUAUUGUUUUUCAUUUCCAGCAUUUUUACUUGAAUGAAUGAAUAAAUACAUAAAUAAACAGAUGUUCUAUUCAGUUACAAAAUCAA